AUGUCUCUCAAAGGCCGUAAUGUUCUUGUCACUGGAGCUUCGAUGGGAAUAGGUGAAGCAAUAGUCAAGAAAGCAGCUGCAGAAGGAGCCAACAUAGCUCUGUUUGCAAGAUCAAAAGACAAAUUAGCCACGAUCACCGAGUAUUUGCAGGACAGAUACAGCUCGUCGAAAUUCAUUUUCCGGUCAGUUGAACUUCAGAGCUAUGAAGCCGUGGAGUCAGUGGUCCAAGAUGUGGUAAAUGAGCUAGGAGAUAUUGAUAUUCUGAUCAAUAACGUGAGAUCCAUUUCCUCAACAGCAUUAGCAUGCCCUUACUAUUCCCAGGCCGGACUCGCCCUCGGCGCACCAGCUGAAUUCCCCAACCUGAAGGUUGCUGACAUCGUCACCAUGAACGGCACAAAUAUCAACGGAAUGAUCCGCAAAGAGGGGACGAUUCUCAAUAUCACUUCAGUGACAGGACUAGAAGUCCCCCCGUUCCCUGGUGAGGCUGUCUAUCACACCAACAAAGCAGCCCAAGAAGCUUUUACAAAUGCAUUACGCAACGAGCUUACCGGGACGAAUAUCAAAGUCCUUGCCUUACGGCCGGGAUGUGUUGCAGCUAAUUUUCAUUCUUUGAGGGUUGGGCAUGACAAGGAGAUGUACGAUAGUUUCUUCGAGGGGUACACACCGCUAGAAUCUGAAGAUAUAGCCAAUGCCGCGGUAUAUAUGCUGAGCCAGCCACUGAAUAUCUCGGUCAAGGCUAUGGAUGUUGUUCCUUCUGCGCAAAGGUCAUUGAACGUAUUCGACCGAGCAUGGAAUGAAAGGAAUGGCUUGUAA